GCUGUUAUUAACGUAUUUCGCUAUUUAUAUUUUUGAAUUGUUUAAAAGUAUCGCUACUAUGAAAAGACAACAAGAUCGUGAUUCUCCUAUAAAAAGUAAGCGUUCUCGUUCUUCUCUGCCUCGUUACGAUGAUAGUCCUCGUGAUCGUGGAUCUUCAGAUCGACGAGACAGGCGUAGGGUAAACAAAUCGCCUGGUGAUCAACGGCGUGGUAGGACUACUACAAGAGACUCGUCCUUAGAAAGAGGUAUGCAAAUGGGUAGGAGUGGUGGUUCAAUGUCAUUAUCCCGUGAUAUUUACGAUGAUUAUUCGCGAGACAUGAAACCAGAAAGAGGUGACCCUUACAGUUAUAAAAUAUUGUGUGUGAGCAGUAUACACCAUAAAGUUUCUGAUGCAGCUGUACGUGAUGCAGUGUACCGGGAAUUCAGUCGCUUUGGUGAUAUUAGUGUAAAAGUUUGUCAUGAUGGUAAUGCACGGUUUGCUUAUAUAUAUUUUAGAACAUAUGAAGAUGCUCGUGAAGCUAGACAUGCAAAGUCACGUCUUAUACUUUUUGACAAACCUGUUCACGUAGACCCAAUUUUAGACAGAGACCUGGUAGGUAGAAGGAACAGAAGCAUGAGCCCUGAUUAUGGGUCGCAUGGACCAAUGAGAAGCGUCUCCCCAGCACACUCAACAGGUAGUGCAGGGGGAAUGGGUAGGCGAUCAGGUGGUGGAAGGCGUAAUAACUUUGAAAGAAAUCCUGGACCACCUGUUUUUGGGCCUCCACCUCCAUAUAGAGAACCACCAAUGAGACAUGAUAUGCAACAUGAAUUUCAACCUCCACCUCAUAGAAGAGACGAAAUAAAAAAAGAAAAAUUUCCAAACUAUCUGCAUCAUGUGCCACCAGAAGAAGAUGACAAAGCAACUCGAACACUGUUUGUCGGAAAUUUAGAAGUAGCGAUUCCAGAAACAGAGUUGCGUCGUAUAUUUGAAAGGUAUGGUGUAGUGGAAGAUAUUGAUGUUAAAAGACCUUUACCUGGUCAAGGAAAUGCCUAUGCUUUUAUUAAGUUUUUGAACUUGGAUAUGGCUCAUAGAGCAAAGGUGGAAAUGUCAGGUCAAUACAUUGGUAAAUUUCAGUGCAAAAUUGGCUAUGGAAAAGCAACUCCUACAACACGCAUAUGGGUUGGUGGUCUUGGCCCUUGGACAUCUUUAUCUCACUUAGAAAGAGAAUUUGACAGAUUUGGUGCCAUCAGGAAAAUUGACUUUGUCAAGGGUGAUAAUCAUGCUUAUAUUCAGUAUGAUAGUAUUGAUGCUGCACAAGCUGCCUGUCAAGAGAUGCGAGGGUUUCCUUUAGGUGGUUUGGACAAGCGGCUGAGAGUAGAUUUUGCAGAUCCAGGACCGUACAGUUAUUUUGAUCCUACAAGACCAGAUUUUAGAGGUAACACAGAAGAACAAUUUGAAUUAUCGGGACAUGGGGUACAUGACCUUCCACCACCUGAGGAAUUCUUUGGAGGUCCUGAAUGGUUACAGAGCCAAGGCUUUCCUCCGGAAUCGCCAUAUGAUCCUGAUUUUGAUCGACCGCCAAGAAACUUGGGACGAGAACCAUGGCCACCAGAAAUGGAUGAUCGCCGUGGAGAUUAUCGGGGAUGGAGUAGAGAGAGACACGGUUGGUGGGAUCAACAUGGUAGGGGAAAUCGUGAGAGUGGGAAUGAUCGGCGUAAACGACCUUUUACUUCUGAAGAAGCAAGCUUACCAGAUGGAGCUCCACCACCAACUGGACCUGAUAGUGUACCUUUCAAAAAUCCACGAAUAUCACACACUCCAGAACCUGGUGAAUGUGAGAGAACUCCAAUCAACAAAGAUACGUUGUCUCCUCGACGAUCAAAAAGUGAUACCGGCCGAAUAUCAAAAGAUUGUGAUCCCUCCAAUGGUGAUUUUAGUGACUCGAGAGAACGAAAAGAGCGGGAGCCAGGUGAAGUUAAUAAUACAUGUGAAAUGGGAAGGACCAGAGGGAAUGAUGACAAAGAUUCAAGUGAAAGUGGAAAAAAAUUGCUUUCUGAUAGUCUUGUGAAGGAAGGCAUUGUGGCAAUUGCUAAUAGUGUUACAAAUAUUCAGGAUUUGGCAAAAUGUUGCCCUGUAGCAUGGCAUGGUGGACUUGUUUUGAAGAAUAGUGCUUUUCCAUCCCGUAUGCAUGUUUGUAGUGGAGAUCCAUCCCUGGUUGAUUCUCUUAUGAAAGUCAGCUCUGUUGAUGUACCUGUUCUUAGGAUUAACCAGAGACUCAGGCUUGACCAACCAAAACUUGAAGAUGUAACUCGCAGGAUCUCAAAUGCCGGUAAUCAUGGGCAUUGUAUGCUUCUUGCAAUGCCAGGUUCAGUCAGUCAUACAGAUGAUCAAUCUGGUGCUGUUCAACAGCGCCCUCUAAGAAAUUUAGUGUCUUAUUUGAAACAGAAAGAAGCGGCCGGUGUUGUUGCUUUACAAGCAGCCAGUAACAAAAAAGAUGGCAAAGAUUUGAAUGGAGUUUUGUAUGCUUUCCCUCCUUGUGAAUUCACUUUAGAAUUGUUAAGACGUAUUGUCCCAAAUUUGACAGGUGAAUCUUCAAAAGAAGAUCACCUUGUAGUGGUGGUGGUGAAAGGUGCAACUUGAGUGUCAGUGUUUAAUGCGUGUUGUGUAGUUCUCACAGACCACAACAAAUUUGAUGUGUAUUUACUCAUAGUAGUCGUGUAGUUUUGUGUGUUAUUGUCUUGACAGUUUCGGUGAAAAGACCCCAAUUUAUGUUUUUACCCAGUACAUAUAUAUUGUGCUUGGCAAAAUGUAAUUUGUAGAAAUUUCAUGCAGAUACUUCAGAAUUUUGUUUUUUACAGCAUACUUCAGUUUUAAUCAGUUGUCAGAUUUUCUUAUCAAGUUUCAUUUGUGUACUGCUCAUAAGAUGGAGAACAGUGCUUAAAAUAUGGUUGAGUAAGCAACAUGUAUUUACAUUGUUAUUAAUGUAUAAUGUGGCAAUUCUUUUAAUAGAUUGAAUAAUCAUGUCAUUUAACCUGUAAUAUCUCAUCCAGUUUUGAUUUCAGUGACCUUGCUGACCCAGCCAAAAAAAAAGAAGAAAAGACUUCUAAUCUAACUUUACUUUGAAAUUUUUUGGUAAUUGAUAAAAACUUUCAUACUGACGAUUUUUAUAUGAAAAGCAAAACGAAAACAUUUUCCUUCAUGCACACCAUAUAGUUCGAAAGAUUUCAUCUGUUGCUACAGUUAUUUUUACCAAUCACUACUGUCAAACAAAAUCACUUUCUUCUAAUAGCACACUACAGCUCUUGCAAUAUUAGACAUUUCAAUUUGUAACAAAAAAAAAUACACACUUAGAUACCAUAAAACUUUCCAUGUAUAGAAUAAUAGAAUAUUUGCUCAUGUUCUUUUAGAGAUCUAACUUGUUGGUUGUUGCCCUUAAAUAUACAAAGAAGAUAUAUAUAUAGAUGACAUCAACAGUUUUUAAUCAUGUGAUCAUUUAGUUAAUGGGGAAUUAGUGUAACAUGUUGUUGUAAUACAACUUUGGAUGCUUCGAAUAAUAACCUUCCGGUAUUUUUAAGUCUGUGAAAUAAAUGUGGGAAAUGGAUGUUUUAAAGGAUUUUUUCCUACUUAAAUUGUUAUUUUCAGUAGAAUUUUAUUAAACAUUUUUAAAAUUACAGUUUAAUGGCAAGCAUUUUAGUACACACGUUUUUUGGCUACAAGAUUUUGUUUGAAGUGGCAUAAUCAGGAGAUUUAUAAAUAUUAAAAUAAAAUAAAAAGGUUUUAAGGUGUAUGAAUUUUUACAUGAUGUAUAAAAGUUCAAAUGUUGCUUAACUGUUAUUUCUUUUUUUUUACAAGCAGCAGAGCUCCACAACCAUGUGAUGCUUUAGUUUGAAAAUGGUGACCAGUGAAAGUGAGGCUUGGUCUAUAUUAAGCAAUGUACCAUUAUUUUAGUAAAAUAGUGUCGUGUAUGUGGAGAUACGACAGUCACUGUGUACUGUUUAAAUUGGAUACAGUCACACCUUAUUAUCUGACAGUCACUUAAGAUAGCAAUUUUUUCUCUUCUACACGAUUAUUUUCUAUUCCAAGUUCUCAUGUUAAGUGAAAGUGACAGAUUCUGCAGUGGUGCUAAAUAUCUGUGUUAUAUGUGCUGAUUGAUUAAAGUGUUGAGUGUGACAACAACCAAAAUGCUCAGUUGUCUCUCGUUGUGUGUUUUAAUUAAAAUAAACAGUUAGGAACGUCUUUAUUCUUGUUUAAGGUGUAACAAUAUCUAAUCUUUGCUCUUGAGAACAACUGGGAUUAUACAAGUUUUAAUCAGGAGUUUUACCUAUGUUGUGCUUGCUUCAGACCACCGCAAAAGAAAACUUUCCAGUAGAUGGCCCGGAGUUAUCAUCUGUCUUGUCACUGCCAACUCUCAUCAUCAGAGAAACCUAGACCUUAUCUUCUCAAAACCUUGCUCUGACUUUUCUGAGCAGCAACCUACAAAAAGUAUCUGAAAAUUGUUUUCCAUUGCUUAAUUAUAAUCAGUGGACUUCCAGAUUUUUUCAGAUGUGUUCUUCAAGAUUAUCUCCAAAUUUAUGUUAUUUUCUCUGAUCUUGAAAGUCAACUUCUAUUCUGUCUUGAGGAAUGAGAAUCUGAAGACUACCAUGAGUGAAAUUAACAAUGAUAUUCUAAGUUCUGUUCUGAACACAUAACUAGUUUUCAAAGUUUUUUAAAAAUCUAUGCAGUCUGUAUCAUUAGCUCAGGAAUUGGACACUUUUAUGACUUAGAAACGAAACAGUCAUUGAAUCUGUGUUAAAGUUGAAUCUCCAUGAUUGAAUGUUCUAUUAUUUUGCAUGCAAAAGUGAAUCAGCAUUUUUUUUUAUUGUUUCAUCAUCUGAAAAAGAAAUCAGUGUGAGGUUUGAAGUGUGAACGGUCUAAAUAUUUCAUUUAUUUUACGUGUACUUGUGAAAGUAAUCCACUUUCCUGUGGUAUUUUUUACCAUCUGAUUCACCUUUUAAAAAUAUUCUUUCCUCAUUUUCUAUUCACCUUCAGUAUUUAUUAAUAUCCUGUUUCAUCUUCACAUUCAAGAACAUAGAUCACACAUUGAAUUUUUCAGCAUCCCAGUAUUUAUAAUGCAAGUAGAACUUUCAAUUUCAGAAGCUACUGUUACAGCACGUCAUUGUGAAUGUGCAGUGUGAAAAACAUCGGAUUUUUUUUUUAUUCCAAGUUUCUGUAACAAACUUAACAUCUGUGCAGAACUGCUUUUUCAAAAUUAGCAUUAGAUUUGUGAAAUUCAGUGAGACGUGCACGUAGGUUAUACCAUUGACAAUUUCUUCAUCUAUAUCUUUUGUCUUUGCAAAUGUGAAACUAAGAGUGCUGGUGAUGGUUGUUCCAGGUUGUGAAUUUCAGUAUUUCACUUGAAAAAGAUUUAUGAGAAUCUUCAGUAUGGAUAAUAGUGACAGCUCUGUGCCAAGAUGUUACAUCAAAGUGAGUGAGUACUAAAACAAAGAAAGCUAUUACAACUGUUACCAGAGUAUGUGUUCAGUUAUUUGUUAAAAGGUUUUUGAAAAUUUCAAUGUUUCAACAUUGUUAGUGUUAUACAAACCAACAGCUUACUUGCAAGUGAUUGUUUUGUCUGUCUGCUGCACAGUGCAGGUAUUACAGAUGCUCGUGUCUGGCUGCCUCACCAGUAUUAGUCUUGUGAAAAACCAUCAGUGCAGAUCCUUGUGUGUAACUGCCUCACCAGCUUUGUGUUCUAAAAAUCAACAGUGCAUAUGAUACAGAUCCUCGUGUCUGGCUUCAUCACCACAUUAGUUUUGUGAAAAUCAACAGUGUAUAUAAUAUAGAUCCUCGUGUCUGGCUGCAUCACCACAUUAAUGUUUUGAAAAUCAACAGUGUAUAUAAUAUAGAUCCUCGUGUCUGGCUGCAUCACCAAAUUAAUGUUAUGAAAAUCAACAGUGUAGGUCAUACAAAACCUCUUGUCUAGCUUCAUCAUUACAUUAGUGCUGUGAAAAUCAACAGUGCAUGUGAUACAAAUCCUUUUGUGUGGCUUCAUCACUAGGUUAGUGUUAUGAAAACCAACAUUAAAGGUGAUACAGAUCCUCAUCCAUGUACUUCACCAGUGUUAGUCGUGUAAAAAUCAACAUUACGAGUGAUACAGAUCCUCAUGUCUGACUGCUUCAUCAGAUUAGUGUUAUGAAAAUCAACAGUACCAGUGAUAUAAAUCCUCAUUUCAACAGAACAGGUGAUACAGAUCCUUAUGUCAACAGUACAGGUGUUAGUGUUAAUAAACCCAACAAUGCAGGUGGUAUUGAUUGUGCUGUAUCGGUAUCUUGCCAGUGUUAGUGUUAUGAAAACCAUCAGUGCAAGUGAUACAGAUCUUACAUACUGGAUGUGUUGCCAGAGUUUAUGAAAAAUAUCAGUGCAGGUUAUAUUGAUUCUUGAGUCGAAAUGUCCCACCACUGUUAUUCUUGUGAAAACCAACAGUGUAGGUGAUUGUUGUAUUGAUAUUUAUUUCCAGGUGUUUUGCCACCCUUCAUGUUAUGAAAGUUAACAGUGUAGGUGAUGAUAGUCAUUUGUCCUCCAGAUGAUUCACCAUUUGUAUGGAAACCAACAGUGGAGAUGAUGAUGAUCUCUGUAUCCAGAUAGCUCACUGUUUUCAAAACUAACUAUGUAGAAUAUUGUUAUAUUGAUAUUUAUGCCCAUGUCUUUUACCAGUAGCAGUGUUAUGAAAGCAAACAGUAAUGGUGAUAGUUACAACACUCAGUGAAUGUCAGACAGGGUUUGAGAGUGAUUUGGCAAGGUUUGGUGACCUCUACAGAAGUAAGAAGAAGCAUCUCAAUUUUAAGGAGAAAAAAAAAGUAAUUUUUGUGUCUUUGUUUAACUUAAUCAUUUAGAAAAGACUGGAUUUGUAGAAAUUGUGAAUUUAGUUCUGCAUUGAAUGUUAUGCGUGUGUGUGUGUGUAUGUAUGUAUAUAUAUGUGGGGGGUUGUGCAGUUUAUUGAAAAUGAAUUAUAUUUGUUGUUGUGAUGAAGAAAACUAUUGAAGUAAGAAAUAAAAAAUUAAGAACUUAAAAAUGAUAUAAAUCUCGUGUAGAAAAUAAUUGGUUUGAAAGUACAGUUAAAUAUUAAAAGAAUAUUUUGUUGUUAGGGGAAUUGUUUUUAGUUCUGUCACAACAAUGUCAACAACUUGUUUUGAUUUACGUAUUAAUCCAAUGUUAUUGGUAAACUGAACCUUGUAAAACAAAAUAAUAUAAUACAGUAGUGAAAUGGUUUGUUAUUAGCUGAGAGUUUGGUGGGAAAGAGAAUUUGAUAAUGAUCGAGAUGUAGAAAUUUGCACAGCACGCAUGGUUGUUGGAGCUCCUUUUCAAAUUUCCUACAAAGAUUUAUACUCCAAAGACUGAGUAAUCUUUUAGAAGAGCAGCAUACUUAGACUCAUGUUGAUUUUGUAUAUGAAUUUCUUCUGAACACCAGAAUACAAUGGUGUAAGUAAAAUAAAAUAUGCUAGACUUAUCUGUAUUAGAUACCAAAAUAUAUAAACUGUGGUCUGAAGUAGUUUGUGAAAUUUAGUUUGAAGGUUGUUAAGUAAGAUGGUUAUAUAGUAUAUAUAUAACAUAUAUUUUUUUUAUGAAACAUGCAUUGGGUGAAAGUUGUAAAUGUUUGUGUAAUUAUUUAUCAUACAUACAAGUACCUUGGAACUCCAGAAUCAAGUAUUAACCCACUUAUCCUUUAAUAAGUUUUUGAUCCACACAAAAAAAAAAUCCUGUUUUUAUGAUUAAAUUGAUUAAAAAAAA